AAAGCAAAAAAACAAAACUUGGUCCGUAACGGAUUAUUGUCCGUCUUAGAAAUAUAAUGGUCUACUCCGCAAACAGAUUUGUCCGUCUUAGCGACAUAUUGGUCUAGUCUGCAAACGGAUUUAUCCGCUCUGUCUAUUUGUUGCAACCUUGUAAGUUUUCAAAGAGGAAACACAUAUAUAUGUUAUGGAUUCGGUAUGUUAUUAUAUUUCCCGGUUCUAUUUCUCAAACACACUCUCUCGUCUUCUCCAAUAACUAACUUCUCCAAAUCAAAGCCUUCUUCGAGAUUUUGCGCAUUCCUCGUUUUCUAAUUCGGUUUGUGUAUUAGCUCUGUGUUAUCAAUGGAGACACAGCCGCAGCAACCACCUCCUCCUCCGGUAGCUGAGAAGCUGAAUCCAAAACUGGAGAAGGAACUGAAUCUGGAGUCGUUGAAGACACGAGCCGUUAGCUUGGCCAAAGCCAUUGCUCGAAUCCUUGAAGAUUUCGACGCUUAUGGUCGAACCAACACUACUCCUAAAUGGCAGGAUAUUCUAGGGCAGUAUUCGAUGGUAAAUCUCGAGCUUUUUAACAUUGUGGAAGAAGUAAAGAGAGUUUCAAAUGCGUUUGUUGUGCUUCCUAAGAACGUCAAUGCUAUGAACGCUGCAAUUUUACCGGUUAUGUUGUCUUCGAAAUUACUACCGGAGAUGGAAACUGAUGACAAUGCCAAGAGAGAGCAGUUGCUUCAAGGUGUUCAGAGUUUGCCUAUACCAAUGCAAAUCGAAAGGCUUAAGGCGAGGAUGGAUAUGAUUGCAGCAGCUUGUGAAAAUGCAGAAAGAGUAUUAGCUGAUACUCGUAAAGCUUACGGAUUUGGCACUCGUCAAGGCCCGUCUAUGCUUCCUACUAUGGAUAAAGGUCAAGCUGCAAAGAUUCAGGAGCAGGAGAAAAUGCUACGAGAUGCUGUAAAUGACGGUAAAGGAACACAACUGCCUCCAGACCAGAGACAGAUAACCACUGCACUUCCACCACAUCUGGCAGAUGUGCUAAUUAUCAAUGAUGCAGGUAAGAUUGCAUUACCUGGGCAAUCAAACAACAUUAACAAUCAAGGAAUGAUGCAGGUUUCCGGGACUCAAUUUGUGGGAAGAUCAGCUGCAUCUCCAUCUGGUCCUAAUUUUGAUAACACAACAUCUCCCUUACCAUAUUCCAAUUCUCCUCGCGCUACGGGUAUGGUUAAUGUGCCUUCGCCUCAGCAUCAAAUCCAGCAACAACAGUUUCAACAGCAGCAGCAAAGGUCAAAAUUAAUGCAGUUGCCUCAACAUCAGCAGCAGCAACUACUUGCACAACAACAACAACAGCUCAGGCAAUCUUCUAUGCAGGGAUUGGGUCAAAGUCAGAUACCAGCACUUCAUGAUAUGCAUGGGCAAGCUCAGCAAAAGUUUCAGACGUCACAUGGGCAACAUCAAAUGCCAUAUUCCCAGCCAAUGGGCGCGCACCAACAAUUCCAAGCUAGACAGCUCUCAGGUGGACAUAUUCAGCAUAGCAUGUCUCAAGGACAGCUCAAUCCAGCGAUGAACCGUCACUUAAACCAGUUUUCAGGUGGAGCCAAUAGUGCAUUGUUUACUUCUGCACAAGGCUCCCCAAGUAGCCAAAUGAUACCAAACAUGUCAUCUAUGCAAUCUCAGACACUUGUUCCUAGGAUGCAGCAAUUUGGAGUUUCGGGUACCAAUCCCCAAAGAAGCCAUUCGUCUCAAAUGUUGGGUGACCAGAUGUUUAACACCAGCGGAAUGAUGCAAACACAGCAAACACAAAUUCAGCAAUCGCAACAGCAGCAGCAGCAGCAACAACAAGGAGGCUAUGGAAAUAUGCAGACGAAUCAGCAGAGUCUACAGCCUAAUAACAUGAUGCAGAAUGCUCAACAAAGGCACCAAAAUCCUCAAUAACCCCUUUUAAAUAAUUUGGGCUUGUAAUGGGCCGAUGCCUGUAUUUUGUAGUACCAAAGGCCUGGCCCAUUCUUUAACAUUAAUACACUCACCAGAUUUCUCUAGUUGUAUGGUACUUUCACACUACACUAGUACACUUUGUUUACUUGUAUCAUUGUAUGAGGUUAAAAACGUGAAGCAGAGAUUGGACGGUGGAGGAUUGUUUUCGUUCUGACAUGUUUAUUGAGAAUUCGACACGUGGCAUCGACGUGAACAUCUCGACGCCGUUGAUGGGGUUAUAGAGACAAAACGAAGACGCGUUUCUGUUGUACACGGGACUCGAGAGAGCGACGUGUCUAUGAAGUUUACCUGUUUUCUGAACUUUAAACAGAGAGCUUUAAAACUGCGACUCGAAAGCUAUUAAAUUUUCUGACAAUUUGUUUUGUUUCUUGUCAACUUAAUUUUAUAUACUCAUUUUUUAUGUACUUAUUUAGCUCAACG